AUGGGUAAUUCUAGCACCAAAGAAUCUCGUCCGAUCGACCCGGCGACCGAUUAUCGCCAGAGUCAGGCCGCUUACCUCAACCAAUCGACCUCCAGAGAGGCCGUAAACGAUCAUGCCAGCUCUCGAAGGCAAAGCCGCUUUAGCAGAGCUGACUUGAACCUUUGGGGCCUCGGAGCCGCCGGUUCCUCCAGUGCCGCCGGCAGAGAAGAUGCGCCUUACGAGCGGAGAGAGACAAGACAGGAACGGGAAGCUCGACGACUCGAGAGGGAACGCGUCGCUAGAGAAAAGGAGCGUGAACGAAGUCUAAAGGAGGAACACAUUGACGGCGGAUACCUGGUGACUCUUGGUACAUACACUGGUCCCGAAGAUUUUAGCAAACCCGUGGUGCGGCAAUUGCAGGUAAGAUGUUUUGCAACCCGAUCAAUGUUUCGCGGCAAAAAGCUCACAAACGUGACCCCGCAGAUUGAAAGACGACUUGCGCCAUUCUGGAGGGGUCUCAACGACUACUCUGACAACUGGACCGAAUACCAGCUCAUCUGCGCCGGUCGCGGCCUUCCCAUCCCAGCUGCUGAUGAACAACCUCCACCCGAAUUCAUCCCCCAGUCUCACACGUCGGCCUCUCCGACCGAGUCAUCCCAGAACCUAGCCAACUUGACUGUUCCAAUGGGCCCGAGGUCUUUGUCAGUCGGUUCGGACCGCAGCAGCUCAAUGCCAGGCUCCGGAAUAUCUUCGCCCAACGCGGCUCAGCAGCGGAGUAGCUCGCCCUUCAAGCCUCGUGCCAAAGCCCUGGCAGCAGCUUUGAGCGGGGGUUCACGCAGUAACUCGUCAAGCGACGUUGCUCCUCGUGAGAUUAGAUUGCCUAACGAUCCGUUGGUCAACGGACAGCCGCUGGAGGUUUUUCUGUACAAGGAUGCCACCGAAUGUCCUAUUUGCUUCCUGACCUAUCCACCCUACCUGAACCGCACCCGUUGUUGCGAUCAGCCCAUUUGUAGCGAAUGCUUCGUGCAGAUCAAGCGCGCCGAUCCGCAUCACCCCGAGCACCACGGCGAACCGACCACGCAGCCUCCUGGUCCGAGCAACCCGGAAGAAGCCCCGGAAAUGCUGAUAUCCGAGCCCGCACAAUGUCCCUACUGUCAGCAGACGGAAUUUGGUGUCACGUACGAUGCUCCCCCUUUCCGGCGAGGCCUAUCGUAUGCCAUUGGAUACCCAUCACAAAAUACCGCCAUGUCGUCCCAGAGCUCUUUGAAUUCAACCUUGUCGCCUACAUCCCCAACUUCCGGCAGACGGCGCGCUCAGAGCUUGUCCGCUAACGCCCCAAAUGUUGUCACUACUGAUCGGGUCCGACCCGACUGGUCUACCAAACUGGCAGCGCAGCGAGCCCAUCAAGCACGCAGGGCUGCGGCAGCAACUGCUUUGCACACAGCAGCCUUCCUCAUGGGGAAUAAUGAGCAGCAGCGUGGCUUUGCCUUCACAAGGCCUGGACGUUUCAGUCGGAGAAAUACUGGGAGUCGCACCCCCUCUGGACCUUCCAACCAUCAGCCAGAGGAGAGCCCGCACAGCAACCCAGAGGGCGAAGCUACUCAAGCGGGACCUGAGCCUGGGCCCCGGAGCUCCUCCGGGCGUGGAGCCCUAAACAAUAGGAGAAGUCGUAUGGAGGAGCUCGAAGACAUGAUGUUCAUGGAAGCCGUCCGUCUUUCUCUUGCAGCCGAGGAAGAGCGAAAACGGAAACAAGAAAAGGCAGAGCGAAAAGAGGCCAAAAAGAAGGAGAAAGAGGAGCGUAAAGCCCUCAAGAAGCAGGACCGCCAAAGUGUGUAUGGGCCUGGUCAGAGCUCUGCUAGCGGAAGUAGCCUCUCCCUUGGCCUCGGACGACGUAGGGGAAAUAGCACAACCAGUAAUUUGCGCGUGGAGGCAACACUUCAGGGAGCGCAGACGAGCUCCGCUGUGGGGGCCAGCGCCGAGAUUUCUCCUGUAGCUUCAGCAACAUCGACGGGCAACACGCUGUCUCCCACCUCAGCACCUGGCUCAGCACCCAGUUCAAAAGGCAAAGCUGUCGAACGUCCAGCCGUCGAGACGCAGUCAUCCGAGAGCAGUUUCCAAAGUACUUCUUCUACGCCCUCGUUGCCGAUUCCAACGACCAGCCGCGGCCCUUCUCAUCUGAGACAGAUGAGCAACGCAUCUUCCAUAUCAUCGUCUCUGGCUGAUAGUGCCGCUGGAAGCUAUAGCAAUCAGGCUUAUCUCGACCCCCGAGCGAGCGAACUCAGUGUUGGCAAUCGAAGCGAAGAAGGUGAUCGAGACAACACGGAACCGAUGUUUAACUUCCGAAGCCUGGCUGAAAUGGUGGGCGUUGACAUUGAGAAUGGCGAAGCCAACCAGGGCCAGGACAGCGCCACAGGCGAGAGCCGCACUGCCACCACGAGCAAGAAGGUCGAAGCGGAGGAUGAACCCGAGGCUGAGCACAUGGAAGAUAUCCACAGCGAGGAGCCUGUACAGACCAACCCUGGUACAUUGAAGCCACCGCCAACGAUUCUCGAAGAGCCCGUUAACGGCGGCAGCAAAGGCGACGUGUCCCCAGGUCCCGGCAGCGGGGCAAUUACCCCAGAAGUUACGAUUACACCUGAGACUCCAGCCCCCAUCUCGGAUGAGGACGCUGAAUCGAAGAGGUUGGGUCACGAAAAUAUCGUGGAAAGCUCAACCGGAAUUACGCAGUGA